AAUUUGUUUGGUCAGUUGAAGUAUAGAAUUCCGAUCAUUAAAAUUAGUUCCGUAAAGGAAAUUAUUUUUAAUAAUGAAUUAUUUAAUCAGAAAAACAUUUGUGCUGACAUUAGCAUUUCAAAUUGCAUCUUCUGCCCAGUUUAUUGGUCUGUCAAAAAAGAAUACAGAUUGUAGCAAUGGGACUUGUGUUGAUUAUUGUGAUUUAGGCGACAAUUCAUUGAAAAUAUUACCUGGUGAAUACUACGAAAAAGAUUGCUCGCGGAUAUGGUGCUCAAAUGACUUUUCAGUGUUUAUUGAGAGUUGUGGAAGUUUCUCAUCAAACGAGUGCUUCUUGAUGUUGCCUGAUCGAAAGCUUUCUUAUCCAGAAUGUUGUAAUAAAAUAUGUGUGACACUUUGGCGAUUAAAAAUAAAUGAUUAACUUUUACGAUUCAACAUGAUAUUCUUUAUAGAUUUAAAUUUUCCUUCAUUCAUUGUUAUAAUACAUUCCAUUUAAAAACGACAAGCAAACUAAAUUGUUAUGCAUACAUAAAAUUUUGAAGACAUUCAUCAAUUUAAA